AUGGUGGUUGUUCACCCUCAUUUCCAACUGUUUCUGUACGUGUUUACCUUAGUCGCCGCGGUAUGCUUAGGCCUCCUCUUUGUCAAGCAAAAAGGAGUAGCAGACGCGGCGGACACCCCGUCGACGUAUCAGGUCGGCGCGAGGGUCGAGCUGGUCGGCCUGAGGAAAGCUUUGCUUAAUGGCGCGACGGGUCAUGUGGUCAAGGAGCUCGACGAGGGCACCGGUCGUAUCGCCGUCAAACUCAUCUCAGGGCGCGAGGUUGCGAUCAAGCCAGAGAACCUCAAGGCCGCCGACCUCGACCAGAUUUUGGAGAACCAGAGUCACGUGGACAAAAAAUAUAACGAGGCCGUCGCGGUCGCGGUCGAGGCGUGCGCCGAGGACACGAAGGGGCAGAUGUGCUACAUCUGCAUGGACGGCGCGGCCAAGGAGGCCUCGUGCGCGGGUGCGCGUGCCGCGGCGGGAACGGUUUUGUGCACGUGUCGUGCCUGGCGCGGCAGGCGAAGGUUUUGGUCGCGGAGGCCGAGGAGAAAAAUUUGGGCCCCAAGGUGUGUAGUGAGAGGUGGGCGAGGUGGCAGUCGUGUCGCCUGUGCGAGCAAGAUUACCACGGCGUCGUGGCGGGCGCCCUCGGGUGGGCGUGCUGGAAGACGUACGUAGGUCGGCAUGAGAUGGAAACGGCUCGGCAAUUGGCGAUGAGCUCGCUUGGGACCGGCUUGUUCGCCGCAGACCACCGCGAGGACGCUUUGUCCGUGUACGAGGCGAACUUGUCUAUACUACGGCGCGUUGGCGCAGAUGAAGAGAGCAUGCUCAACGUGCAGGGCAAUCUUGCGUGCACGUAUCACAGACUAGGACGCCUUGAAGAGGCAAAAAGUAUGCGGCGAGACUGCUACUCUGGGUGGUUGAAGCUUAAGGGUGCGGAACACCCAUCAACCCUCUUCGCAGCCAACUUCUACGCGACGUUGCUAAACGUAGUUGAAGCCAAGGCACUGUUGUGCAAAAUUAUACCCGUGGCGCGACGCGUCCUCGGCGAUUCAGAUGAUCUCACGCUCAAGAUGCGAUGGGUUUACAGUCAGGCACUCUACGGUGACCCCGGCGCCUCGCUCGACGAUCUCCGCGAGGCCGUGACGACACUCGAGGACACUGCACGCAUCGCGCGGCGCGUGCUCGGUGGCGAGCACCCGCUCACAACGGGAGUUGAGAAAACUCUAGGAAAGUCGCGGGCAGCGUAUGAUGCGCGUCGGGGCGUUUUAGAGGCUCUAGCUGGAGGCCACGGCGUCGACCUGGCAGCUCUAAGACAGACCUAUCGCGCCUAA